AACAAGAAGAAGAAAGUUCUUUAUUUCUCACGGAAGAUUCUGUUACAGGUGGUUCACUAUUUAUAGUGAUAAUACAUAUACCGGUUGACCGGUUUACUCUAAAUUAAGCAAUGUACUAAACCGUAUCUAUAUGGUUUGAUAGUUAUUAUGAGACAAGUUGGCUGAAGCAACGAUGGUCCUACCUAUUUUUUAUUUGUUACGUUGCUUUCUUCUCUAUGUAGUAACCGUUUCAUAUACCGUGGUUACAAAACAAUGGCGUGUUUGAAGAAUCACUCGAGAAGGUUUUUGGGAUGGGUUUUGCUCCCACCACCCCAAAGUUUGUGGAAGCCUUAUGCAUUGUUUACGGAUUGAGCGACAAAAGACUAGAACAAAACUUCAAUGUCUAUAAAAGGUUCGGCUUAACAAUAGAUGAUGUAUGGGAACUUUUCAAGAAGUGCCCUACCUUUCUUGGAUACUCAGAGAAUAGGAUAAUUCAGACGUUUGAAACCUUAAAGAGGUGUGGACUGUGCGAAGUUGAGGUCAUGUCAGUGUUCAAGAGGAAUCCACUAUGCUUACGUGCUUCAGAGCAGCAGAUAUUGAAUUCCAUGGAAACAUAUAUAGGCUUAGGAUUUAGCAGAGAUGAGUUUGUGAUGAUGGUCAAGUGCUUUCCUCAGUGCAUUGGAUAUUCUGCAGAGAUGGUGAAGAAGAAGACUGAGUUUGUGGUGAAGAAGAUGAAUUGGCCACUAAAGGUCAUGACUUUGUUCCCUCAGGUACUUGGAUACAGCAUGGAGAAGAGGAUUGUCCCAAGGUGUAAAGUAAUCAAAGCUCUCAUGUCCAAAGGAUCGCUUGGAAGCGAAGCGAACUCCCUCCAAUGGCGUCUGUCUUGGCAUGUACUGAUCUGACCUUCUUAAACAGGGUUUCAUCAACCAAUUCGUCUUCGUCUCCUUUCCGCAAGCAAUCAUGGUGCUCCAAAAUGACAUCGAUCUCCUCAAUCCUCCUGCUGAACUUGAGAAGAGAAAGCAUAAGCUCAAGCGUCUCGUGCAAUCUCCUAACUCUUUCUUCAUGGAUGUUAAGUGUCAGGGAUGCUUCAACAUAACUACUGUGUUCAGCCAUUCGCAAACAGUUGUAGUGUGUGGAAACUGUCAGACAGUUUUGUGCCAGCCCACCGGUGGUAAAGCGAGGCUCCAAGAGGGAUGCUCUUUCAGGAAGAAGUGAGAUUGAGAUCUAACGAAUCAAUCAUCCUUUCGCAGGUGUUGUUGCUGUGAUGGGAAUCAGAUCUUUAUCUAAUUUGGUUUUCUUGCUUUAGUAGUUUUGAUGUCUAUGACGUUUUUUUGCUUAUGAGAAGAUUUUGAAGGCAUGAUAAAACUCGAGUAGUUCA